AUGAAUAUCGACAAACAACCAAUCCGUGAAACGAACAUCUACAUGUACUUCUAUUUUGUAUUCUUCAUUAUAUUCGGAUCGUUUUUUACCCUUAAUCUAUUCAUCGGUGUGAUCAUCGACAACUUUAACGAGCAGAAGAAGAAGGCGGGUGGCUCGCUCGAGAUGUUCAUGACGGAAGACCAGAAGAAAUAUUACAACGCGAUGAAAAAGAUGGGCAGCAAGAAACCGCUCAAGGCUAUUCCACGUCCAAGAGUAUGGAAACGAAUAUACACGUUCUCUGUAGGUCUGGUGCUCAGCGACAUCAUCGAAAAGUACUUCGUAUCACCGACGUUGCUUCGCGUGGUAAGGGUGGCAAAAGUCGGUCGUGUACUUCGACUCGUGAAAGGUGCCAAGGGUAUCCGAACGCUCCUGUUUGCCCUGGCGAUGUCGUUACCGGCCCUGUUCAACAUUUGCCUGUUACUGUUUUUGGUGAUGUUCAUCUUCGCGAUAUUCGGCAUGUCGUUCUUUAUGCACGUGAAAGACAAAAGCGGACUGGACGACGUGUACAAUUUCAAGACGUUUGGCCAGUCGAUGAUACUGCUGUUUCAGAUGUCGACGUCCGCUGGUUGGGACGGCGUGCUUGACGGCAUAAUUAACGAAGAGGACUGCCAAGAGCCGAACAAUGAAAUCGGAUACCCGGGUAACUGUGGCUCGUCCACGAUCGGCAUCGCCUAUCUGCUCUCGUAUCUGGUGAUCAGCUUCCUGAUCGUGAUAAACAUGUACAUCGCCGUCAUCCUAGAGAACUACUCCCAGGCUACAGAGGACGUGCAGGAGGGCCUGACAGACGACGACUACGACAUGUACUACGAGAUCUGGCAACAGUUCGAUCCGGACGGGACGCAGUACAUCAGAUACGACCAGUUGUCCGAUUUCUUGGACGUGCUCGAGCCGCCGUUACAAAUUCACAAGCCGAAUAAGUACAAGAUCGUCUCAAUGGACAUACCGAUAUGCAAAGGUGACAUGAUGUUCUGCGUGGACAUCCUCGACGCACUGACCAAGGACUUCUUCGCGCGGAAGGGCAACCCGAUCGAGGAGACCGGUGACAUCGAGGUGCAAACGCGACCGGACGAGGUCGGCUACGAGCCGGUCUCGUCGACGCUCUGGCGUCAACGCGAGGAGUACUGCGCGCGUCUCAUACAGAACGCGUGGCGGAAGCACAAACAGCAGCGGCAGGGCGGGCCCAGCGAGGAGAGCGACGUCGACACGGAUCCGCGGGUCAGGCAGACCGCGGUCCUCGUCGAGAGCGACGGUUUCGUAACGAAGAACGGUCACAAGGUCGUGAUCCACAGCCGAUCGCCGAGCGUCACCUCGAGAACCGCGGACGUCUGAUCGGCGACCGAUACCUAGCCACCACCGCAACCGGGGCUACCGUAGCCGUUCGACCGGUAGCAGUCUGACCGAUGAUUGCUCCGUUCGCAGGCAUCGACCAGCCGUAGUAGAGAAUCGUGUAUCAGAGCAAACGACGACGACGACGAUUAAGUGCGACGCACCAAGGAUCGUCUCGCGACGAGAUACAUGCUCGCGAGGAGGAGCAGCGGCCUCUCACGGACCUCCACUUUCUCCAUCGACAGCCUUAUAGUUGUAUAAAUACAUUUUUGCAACGAGUUGCCUUUAAUUCACGCUAUGAUCGAUUCGAGAAGGGACACGCGCGCGCGAGGAGCAAUUGGGAACUGCUUUUUUUCUGCGCUCUGCCCAGUGAGAAGUACAGAGACCGUGUAAGCAGCACCGGUUUCGUUCGAGAGGAAUACCCGAGCGAACGUCGUCGGGCGAGGACAUCGCGUCGCGUGUGAAAACUACGCGACCUUCGAGUCUUCGACUUCCCCCCCCUCAUUCGCAAGAUGAGGUCGCGGGGCUCGAGGGUCGCCGGUCAUCGUCGACGCGCCGGAUUCCACGGGCUUCGUGCGAACCUUCGGCGAUUCGCGCGUUUCACGUCACGAAACGUCGUGAUCAACGAAGAACCACGGUGGGACAACGAUCGAAAUAUUGUCACGUUCACGGAGAAGAUCGGCGAUCAUCUAUCGUCUAACCACGACAAUUUAACAAACACAAAACGUCUGUCCGCGUAUAUUGGAUUUUUUACAUGAUUUUAAAUCAGCGAACCCGCCAACUCGCUGACGAACGAGGAUAAAAAAAAAAAACAAAGUUUACGAGAAUAUUUACGUAAGUGCGAAGGAUCGAUACGUUGACUCGCUCCGGUCGAGGUUCGUGGGUGACGAUUGUUCAUUGUUUUUUUUUUCCCCCCGAUCGGUCAUCGUACAGUGGUGUCGUACAAAUGGACGAGAGAGUUUCCGAACUUGAAUACGAGAAAAAACUAGCGACGGAGACGAACGAAAGAACGAACGAACGAACACACUCACGUCCACGCUCCGGUCGUGAUCGAUAACGAUUCGACGGUGAGGAUGAUCGUGGAACGAUUAAAUAAAUGAUCGCGACCAAGGUGGACAAGGAUGUUGAACAAUGUGCAAACGUAUGCGUAGUUUACAAUAUUCGCUCGGCUUGAACAAAUUUUCCGCAAUACGGUUCGCGCGAGCGUCGCGCGGUUCUCAUUCUUUUCGCCCCUCUGUUUCUCUGUUCCUCGUUCUCUGUUUCGACGUCGCGUCGGCAACCGGAGUCGACCUCUGUCCAUCGACAUUUUUGUAAAAAAAAGAAAACGCUAAAAGACCAUUCGGCUUCUGAGAAAGGACGCAGGAUGAAAAACACUUCCGUUUCGAAAAUUGUCUCUCAAUCGUUCGUGAACUCUCGAAAUUUCCUCGCCAAAAAAAAAAAA